AUGCCGUACAUCGACAACGGCAACUUUGUAUCAAAAAGCGUUAAAUCCCUUUACAAGCGAGAUUGGGAUGAUGGUUACUGGAGCAAUUCCGGCGGAGCAAGAUGGGCAUUCUUUGCUAUAUUCAUCGUAUUGAUAAUCAUAGUUGUGCUAGGUACGAUAAGGGUCAACAAGAAAAGAGCUCAACACGGUGAGCAGCCAAUCUAUGGAACCAGAUGGCUUACUCCACCAUCAUACAUACAGUCACAAAAUCAGUAUGACCAACCGGAUCAUACCAGAGACCCAGAUUUACCCAGUGCUUAUGUCCCCACGUAUACAGCUACCGCAAAUGAGUUUGACAUGGGCUAUUAUGAUUCAAGUGGAACUUUCCAUCCAAACCCCAAUGCCAAACAGGCUUUGCAACAUCCUCCACAAACUCACCAAAGAACAGGAAGUGCAAUUAGUUCGCAUACAAAUUCUGGCGCAACUCCUUUAUCACCAACUUUAGAUCAUGUUAAUGAAGCUGAUGGACACGCUCAUAAUGAUCAUGAUGAUGACAUUGCAGAUAUAAGUAGACCUGCUGGUCCACCUCCUUCGAGACCAACAGAUGUCAGCUUAUCAAAUGUAAGUAGACCCGAGGGUCCACCACCUACGAGGAAUGCAAAGAACACUUCGCCCACAGCACAUAGUGCAGUGAAUAAUGAACGUACAACCACUACUACAGGAACAGCAAUUGAUAAUUUUUCUGAUGAACCACUGCCAUCAUCAUCGUCUAAUAAGGGAACAGAAGUUAUUGAAACUACCAUCGAGAAGAAGGGAUAG